AUGAAUUCUGUCAAUAACGAGUCUAGCUCUACAAAUACGAAAUUUGUUCAAAAUGAAAAGGUUGAUGUAGCUCUCGAUUUAGACAACACUAAGAAGAUAACAAUAUUGAUUGUUGAAGAUGAUCCUGUGAUUCGCAAGGUGCAUGAAUUAACUCUUCGCAAGGCAGGUCUAAAACCCUCCGUAGCUAAGAACGGAGAAGAAGCUGUUAAUCUUUUUCUUUCAGGGGCUUCAUUUGAUCUUGUUUUAAUGGAUAACAACAUGCCUAUCAUGAAUGGACCUAUGGCAACAAUGAAGUUGCGAGCAAUGGGAGUGAGUACCAUGAUUGUUGGCUUAACUUCUAAUGAUAGUGAAGAAGAGAAACAAGCUUUUAUGGAAGCAGGACUUGAUGAUUUCUAUGCAAAGCCGUUAACUUCAGCUAAGGUUGCCAAUUUACUCGAGAAACUCAAGAAGAACUAA